AUAUUACAUGAGACAAUGAUUUAAAACAGGAGAGUAGAUUCAUUAAUACAGUUGGUGCGAAGUGGAAGUGAGAAGAAAAAGACAUGGCAGUGUCAGCAGCAAAGUUCGAUGUGGUAAUCCUAGGAGCCUCAGGUUUCACCGGCAAGCAAGUCCUCAAAGAAGCCCUCAAAUUCCUCAAUUCCAACCAUUUCACCUCCCUCGCCAUAGCGGGCCGCGACCCCUCCAAGCUGGCCCAAACCCUCAAAUGGGCCGCUCAGCCCAACCCGCCGCCCCAAAUCCCCAUCCUCGCCGCCGACACCGCCGACCCUCCCUCCCUCCGUUCCCUCUGCGACCAGACCCGCCUCCUCCUCAACUGCGUGGGCCCCUUCCGCCGCCAUGGCGAACCCGUCGUGGCGGCGUGCGUCGCGUGCGGCUGCGACUACCUCGACAUCACGGGCGAGUCGGAGUUCAUGGAGCGCGUGGAGCGUGAGUACCACGCGGAGGCAACAAAAAAGGGUUCUUUGGUGGUUUCGGCGUGUGGGUUCGACUCGGUUCCAGCGGAGAUGGGCUUUUUGUUCCAUUCGAGGCAGUGGGUGGGCCCGGCCCGGCCCAACAGGGUGGGGGCGUACCUGAGUUUGGAAUCGGAUAAGAGAAUUGUGGGGAACUUUGGGACGUUUGAGUCUGCGGUUAUGGCUGUGAAGGAUUUGAAGGAAAUGGAACGUUCUAGAGUCACCAGAGUGAUCCCUGAGAUUCCUGGGCCCCCACCUAAAGGAGAAAUAAUAGAACACCAGAAGAAAAUUGGCCUUUGGGGAGUAACACUACCUUCAGCGGAUGCAACUCUUGUUGGAAGAACACUUUCUACUCUAACUGAAUCCCCCCAUGGUCUUCCUGGGUUGAAUGAGAAUGCUGAGAUGGUUGAAAAAAGGAAAGCCUACUGGACAUCCGUGAAGCCGGCUCAUUUUGGUGUGAAGAUAGGCUCAAAAUCUUUGUUGCACGUGUUUGGAUUUAUUCUUAUUGGAAUAAUCAUUGGUGUUUUAGGAAGAACCUCUUUUGGAAGAUGGCUUCUUUUGAAGUAUCCUUCCAUCUUCACCUUUGGCGGGUUUAGUAAGAAUGGUCCUUCUGAAGAGGAGAUUGCAAGUGCUUCAUUCAAGAUGUGGUUUGUUGGACAUGGUUUCAGCAAUGAGAGUCUUGCUGCACAGGGAAACACAAAACCUGACAUGGAGAUUAUAACAAGAGUAAUGGGACCUGAAAUGGGUUAUGUAACCACCCCAAUAAUUAUGGUUCAGUGCGCUCUCGUUCUUCACGGCCAAAGAAAGAAUCUACCAAAGGGAGGUGUUUACACUCCAGGGAUUGUAUUUGGUCCAACUGAUCUCCAGGAAAGACUUCAACAAAAUGGAAUAUCUUUUGAUGUCAUCUCGAAAAGCUCUAUUUCUUCUUGACUCUAAGCAGUUCAUCCAUUUUUGGUUGGAAGAGAAAAAACUGACUGGUCGGAGUGCAGAAGUUAUAAUAAAGUAUUGAGAGAAUCUUUUUUGUUUUAUAUGUCUAUAUUAUUAUUUUGUAAGAAUACUACAGUUAUAUUGACAUUUGACUUGAACCAAGAUGGUGUGACAUAGUUGAUACUUAGAUAGAUAAUCUCUAAAUCUAUGUGCAUGGAAAAAUAUUUGUUGAGAAAAUUAGCCUCAUGAAUUUCAGUACUUUGAGAGA